UAAUCAGUUCAGUUGAGUUGUUUGGCUAUUUGCAUUGGUCGCGUUCACCUUAGGCCCGUGUUUCUUCAAUCAAAUCUCUCAAGUUUAUCCUUCAGAGAUAGAUAAAUAUGGUUAUAUGGCUUGGUUCGCCGUUUAUCGACUAUUUUUGCGGUCAAGUUGAAUGUGUUUGAUUGAGCGACGGACGAGUACCAAAAUAGCUGUCUAUUUAGAAUUGCGAAUUUCAGUUACGAUUUGUCAUCGACAGUGCGCGUAUCGGCGACGGAUAACUUCACUUGGAAUAACAACAAAAUGUAUAUUUCCACGUUCUCGACACUUGUGGUAUUGGGAGUGCUUCUUCCCAUAUGCUGCUGCCAGGCAUUUGUGGAGCGUUCCGAUUUCUGCAUAGAAACGGAUCCAACACUACUCAUCGAUAUGGAUCGCCAUGUGGUUUAUCCCAGUGAGAAAAAAGUGCCUCAUCACAGCCACACACUGACGAAGAAGGAGAAGGAUAGCUUUAUUGAUACUAUGUGCACGGAUCACGGUUCCACGACUAUGAAGAAGAGCAUUCAUCAUUUCUUUAAGCUGCACAAUGGAGAGCUGAGUGGACGAGGUGUGCAUCAGGAAAUUUGCAGUGGAAAUGCCGCUCUAUGCUCGCCUGGGUGCCAUAUAACAUUAUGAUCAGAACUACGCAGCCGAAUUGAAUCUAAAGAGCGUCUUAGCUAUAUUGCCAAGGCAACCAACUUGGAGCGUGAAAAGACCGAGCUGUGCCAUUUUAGACACACGGAUCUGGUCAAUGGCGUCUUGGACAAUCUCUUCACAUGUGUGGUCAUGAUCUUUGAGGAUAACUUUUACGGCGUGGAGGAUAACAUCAAUGUGCUCGUGGAGCUGCAACCAUUGAUGUAUCAGCUGCGCAAUGUCACCUACUUGCCCUGGCGUAAUGUGACCAAUAGCUACAAGACGGGCAGCGGAAUGCUCAAGAAUCCAAGUGGACAACGCAAGCCCAUCUACGGUAGCAUUAACUAUGCGUACGUGGAGAAGAUUCGUCUUAACACGAGCAGCAUUUACAAACAGGAGCAUCAGCUGGAGAAGCUGCCGCUCCUCCUUGAACAUCGUGGCUCUGUGCUGGAGUUGGAUGAGGCGGGCGAGGGUGGACUCGAUGUGCACGAGCAGGCGUACUUCGGACGCACAAUGGAUGCCAAAAGCGAUGUGAAAGUCCAGAUCACUGGACAGUGGGUGGAUCAGCAUCGUGAGUUCAGUGCCGACAUCUAUGAGUAUUAUGGCCAUGGACUUAUACGAUUCAAGCUGCCAAUAACUGGAGCGAGACUCACAUUUGUGCGCAUCGACGGCACUGAGCCCGUGUUUGAGGCUCCCGAGUCGAGUAAUCUGGCCAAGGCUUCUUUGUUCCGGGACAUGGACGCAGCACCUGCCAAACUGACUGUGAAUGGCACAACGCAGUUCAACGAAUGGGAGGAAGAGCAGGGAUCCUCCUUUUAUCCCUGGUUUGUCAUUAGUUGUUUGCUAAUUGGCAUUGUAUUGGUAAUUGUUAUCUACGGCAUUGUUCGCGUUUACAACAAGAAGAACAAGCAAAAACAAAAGUAUGAAUUGGCCAAUACAAAUAAUCAACAACCAUGCGCCUAAAAAUUAAGCAGAUACAAAUAAUAUUGUUGUUGAACUUUUUGAAUUUCGAUUUAUUCAAUAUGAUAAAUCAAUAUAUCGAUAAGCGAUGUUUUUACAAGCGGUCUGAUUACAAGUUAUAUCGAGUUGAAAUAAAUACAUCAAAAGUUGUCA